AUGAUUUUCAAAGCAACUCCUGAGUUCGCGAUAGCCUUCACUAAGUUCACAUCACUGCUAAGUACUUCGUGGCCAAACUAUCCAGGCUCUCCUAAGUGGAAAUUCGUUGUCUUUCAAAUAAGAUGGUGGGCAACAUUUUUUCUGGCAGUAUCAGCCUUUUUGCCGAUGUGCUAUGGGGCUUAUAACCACUGGCGAAACAUAUUAAGCUUCACAAAAUCUCUUUUUGAUGCUGUCAACACUAUCCAAACUUUCGUCAAAAUGAUUUUAUGCAAGAUACAUUACAAAAAAAUGCAGUAUUUGUUGUGGGAAAUGGAAAAGUAUGUUCUUAAUGCUAAACCUCAUGACCGGGAAAUGUUCAUACUUUACAUAAAACGUUGUGGAAAAUUGCACGUAGUUUCAAUGAUAUGUGGAUUUAUGACAAUUGCCAUGAUAAUAAUAGCACCUAUUGGAAUGCCUCAGCCAUUUCCCAAUAUCGUGGAGUAUCCAUUUUCUACUGAAGGACAUCCUGUUUUUGAGUUGAUAUAUUUGCACCAAAGUUGCGCUACCAUCCAUUGUCUCUCUAUUUUGACUUUCGACUGCCAAAUUGCAUUACUCCUGUGGUACGCUGGGGCACGGCUUGAGCUUUUGAGCCAAGAAUUUCAUGAUGCCGCUGAUUAUAAAUCCUUCAAUGAGUGCGUCAAGAAACAUCAAUACUUAUUGGGGUACAUUCAAGAUAUUGUUAUCAGUAGCCGUCACAUUCUUGCGACUACUGUCAUAAAUUGUGUGUUGGCUACCAUUACAAGUGGGAUUCAUAUUGUUGGGAAUGAACCGGUAGCUAUUAAAGUUCCUUUCGUCGUUGCUUCAGCGAUCAUAAGCGUAGUGCUUUAUGUGACUGCUUGGCCGUGUGAACAUCUUGCUCAUAUGUGCAAAAUCGUAGGAAUAGGAUUGUACAACUCACCUUGGUUUCAAAACACCAAGCAAAUGAACACAAGUGUUCUAAUUGUAAUACAACGAUCACAGAAAGUCGCAAGCAUUGAUGUCGCUGGAAUAUUACCCUCGCUUUCGUUGUCAUAUUAUGCAACAUUCCUGUCUAAAAUAUUUUCAUAUUUUACUACCCUGCGUGUUAUGUUAUCGAAAAUGGAGAUCGAUUAA